AUGCUACGCAUACGAAGAUACCGCCCGUUCCUCAUAGGCGCAUUCAUCAUCCUUGUGCUGCUAUACCAUGUCUCCCAGAACUCGGACUGGGAGCUCUCACAAUCUGCGUUGUACCAGCCGAAGAAAGCGGCGCCAGGGGCAGACUCGGCCACAAAAGACAACCAAAAUGUGGAAUACAAACCACCACAACCGCCGAAACCUAUACCCACUACGAGCCAUGUUGUUGGAUUUGCGUCGCAAAAGCCUACAUCGAUAGCACAGCAAACUUCUAUCACGCAACCUACACCGAAAAAGGAGACGGGUAUCAGGAUUCCCCAGCUUAAGACAAGCAAUGAGGUACCUGGUGGUUUUGGCCUGCCCACUCCGGCCCCUACAGUCGGGAAGGCGCAUGACCAUAGUGCCCCCGAGGAAUCACACGUUGCCGUGAAGCUGCCCGAUCGACCUGUGCCGGAAACGAAUGAGGAUGGCUCCAAAGUACACGGUGGGGAUAUCGAAGAUGACGUCAAGCCGACAUCGACAAAAGUCCACUGGCAGAAGCCAAGUGAAUACUUUCCUGUUCCCAAGGAAUCCAUCAUCAAGCUACCCACCAGCAAGCCCAAACCCAUGCCCACGGUACAAUUCAACUUUGGUGCCGAAUCCCCCGAGGCCAAGGAGAAGCGUCUGGCUCGUCUGGACAAGGUCCGGGCAGAGGCGCAACGCGCUUGGUCCGGCUACAAGAAGUAUGCCUGGGGCCACGACGAGCUCACGCCCGUCACCAAGCAGUCCAAGGACCCCUUUUGCGGGUGGGCCGCCACGCUGGUUGAUUCGCUGGACACGCUCUGGAUCAUGGGGCUGAAGGAGGAGUUCGACGAAGCGGUCGAGUACGUCAAGGAGCUGGAUUUCACCUACUCCGCGUACCGCUCCGAGAUCCCCGUUUUCGAGACGACUAUCCGCUAUCUCGGUGGUUUCCUGGGCGCAUACGACGUAUCCGGUGGGGAAAAGACCACGGCCGGAUACAAGAUCCUCUUGGACAAGGCGGUCGAGCUCGCCGAGGUGCUCAUGAGCGUCUUCGACACCCCAAACCGCAUGCCGAUCCUGUACUACAACUGGCACCCGGCUUUCAACGUCAAUCCCAAGCGGGCGUCCACCAGUGCCGGUAUGGCCGAGAUGGGCACUCUCAGCAUGGAGUUCACGCGCCUGGCUCAGCUGACAGGCGAGAAUAAGUACUAUGACGCUGUAGCCCGCAUCACGGACGCCCUGGAGGAUCUGCAGAACCGCGAGGAUGGAACCGCCCUACCGGGAAUCUUCCCGGAGCAUAUCGACGCUUCGGGCUGCAACCGCACCGCUCAGGCUGCUUCCAGCUGGGAAAACCUCAGCAACGCCGGAAGACAGCAGGUCGACGACGCUAAGGACGUUGGCGAGGAGCCGCAGGGCUACACCGCAGGAAUGACGGACCAGGACAUCCAGAACGGCAAAGACCCGCUAAACUUCAACGGCGUCACGAAGCGAUCCCGAGUCGACCGACGAACGCCCCCGCCUCGUUACUCUAUCCCCAAACACCAGCCUCCCCCAUGGAAAGGAAUCAAACACCAAGGUCCCCCACACAACGCGGAAGGGAUGCCUGCAAACUGGGACUGCGUCCCCCAAGGCCUGGUAGCUGGCGGCUGGGGCUCCGAGUCCUACAGCAUGGGCGGCAGCCAGGACUCGGCGUACGAGUACUUCCCCAAGCAAUACCUCUUGCUUGGCGGUCUGGAGCCCAAAUACCGCGCCAUGCACGAAAAGGUGUCGGCCGCCGUGAAGAAGUACCUCCUCUUCCGACCUAUGGCGCCCGGCAACCCGGACAUUUUGUUUUCGGCCAAGGUUGUCAGCCCCGACCACACGGACGAGAAACUGAGCUACGAGUGGGAGGUGACGCACUUGACGUGUUUCCUGGGUGGCAUGUUCGGGUUGGGAGGCAAGAUUUUCGAUAGUCCCGAAGACGUGGAGAUCGGACGGAAACUUGCCGACGGCUGUGCUUGGGCGUACGAAGUGAUGCCGACGGGUAUCAUGCCUGAGUAUUCCAUGGUCUUGCCGUGCGCGAAGGCGGAUGAUUGCCAGUGGAACAAAACGGCUUGGUAUCAUGCUAUUGACACGGACGCCGGGUGGAGGGAUCGGCAGCUGAAACAAUGGGAGGUUAAUCAUGCGGAGUGGGUGCAGGAGGUGAAGGUGCUUAAGAAGGAGUAUGCGGAGGCUGAGGAGGCGGCGAAGGUGGAAGCGGAAGCGGAAGCCAAGCGCAAGGUGGAAGAGGAAGAGAAAACACGGCCGGUGUUGGAGAAUAAUUCGUCUUAUGUUCAAGGACAAGGACAAGGACAGCAAGAAGCAUCGGCAGUAAACGCCGCGCCCAAGGGUGUGUCCGGUGUUCACCAGGGCAUGCAGCAAGACGUCGAUUACCACCUGACCAAGAGGAGGUUCCCGGAAGACGACAAGAUCGAGGUGGCCACCAAGGUGAACAAGAUUGAAGAGGAGCUUGACCUGAACAAUAAUAACAACUUGCGUGCUGGUGGCCAACAGCAGCAGUAUCAACAACAAAAACCGUUGCUCGAACUUCACCUCCCGCCGGAACCUGAAAAGCCGCUCAGUCAUGAGGAAUACGUCCAGGAUAGGAUCGAGAGGGAGAAUAUCCCGCCGGGGUUCACAAGUUUGAAUGAUAAACGGUAUAUUUUGCGCCCCGAAGCAAUCGAAUCCGUAUUCUACUACUACCGCAUCACCGGCUCUUCAGUCUGGCAAGAUAAAGGCUGGCGAAUGUUUGAGUCCGUCAUCGCCGCCACGCGAACGGACAUUGCGCACUCUGCCAUUGACAAUGUUGCUUUUGCUGCCCCUGCCUCUUCCUCUUCCAAGAACAGCGACGACAACGAGGUGGACCAGGAGGAGAAGGUGAAGAAACCAAGUUUCACAGACAGCAUGGAGAGUUUCUGGCUGGCGGAAACGCUCAAGUAUUUCUAUCUGUUGUUUGCGGAGCCGGAUGUUAUUAGUUUGGAUGAGUGGGUGUUCAAUACUGAGGCUCAUCCUUUUAGACGGCCGACGUAA